CAUGACGGCCAAGUGGUAGUACUCCCCUUAAGUAAGCUUCCUAAUCACCUAAUCUGGUAGUUAAAAACUUCAACAACAAGGACAAUAAUCAAAUUAUUAGAUGCAUAAAUUAACCAAAACAUUAUUAUAUAAAAAUAUAAUCAUAGCAUACAGUUAGAUCAUAUUAUAUUAUUGUAAUAUAAGGUUGGUCCUCUUAUAUAAGAACCCUCUCAAACCCCCAGUUUUGAAACUCUCUUCAUCACCACUUUCCACAUCAAAAAAUUCAAAGCUCCCCCCAAAAAACACCUUCAAAUAAAUUUUUAUUUGAUCAUCCAAAAAUAUUUAAAUUUCUGAUAAAAAUAAAAAAUGGGAAAUAGUUUAAGGUGUUGUUUGGCUUGUGUACUACCUUGUGGUGCACUCGACUUGAUCAGAAUAGUUCAUCUAAACGGGUACGUAGAAGAGAUCACAAGGGCCGGCGUAACGGCCGGUGAAUUUCUUCAAGAGUAUCCAAACCAUGUCUUAAGCAAACCUUGUUCACAAGGUAAUAUGGUUAGGAAAAUUAUGAUUUUAUCCUCCGAUUCUGAGCUUAAACGCGGUAGCAUCUAUUUCUUGCUACCGGAUUCUUCUUUACCUUCUAAAAACCCGAAUUCAUCCAAGAAAAACAAGAACAAGAGUCAAAAGUCGUCGUUGGUUAUUAGUCAUGAUCAAAAUCUCCAAGACCAGGAGCUUAGUAAGUCUAAGAAUAUCGAUAAUGACAAUGAUAAUAAAGUAUUGAGUAUAGAUUUAUCGAAAUUAGAAGGUGGUCAUGAAAAUAUUAGCAAUGAGGUAGUUUGUGAAACAAAUUUGAAGAUUAAAUCUAAAUCUGGGAAGCAUCAAAGGAGAAGAAGCAGCAGGGGUAAAAGUGGUAUUUGGCAACCUCAUUUGGAAAUUAUUACUGAAGAUUUGUGAUUUUUUUUAUUAAAUAUAUUAUAUCAAAAUUUUAUUCUCUCUAAACUCCUUUAUUUGAGAUUUGCAAUUAUAUGCAAAUUGCAAAGCCUUUCUUUUUUUCCUUGUCAAAAAUUUCAAGGUGUUGAGGAUGGAGUUAUAAUUUAUUGUGGAUACAUUACUUUACAUUACAUUUUGGUUUAAUUUUUCACCGAUUGCUUUGUAAUAUUGGCAGCUUCGGAUUUAUUAUUGUACAAGUAGUUCUUAAAGAGAGCUCAAAAUAUUUGAGCAUACCAAAAGUUGAAAAAUACAGAGUAGUUCGGAUUUUAUUCUUGGUUUUUUUUCAGAGUUAAUUAAUUG